ACAGACGAGUCCUUUUGUGUAAGAAAUCAUUUUUAAUUGAAUUGCUGUUGGGUUUUUGGAGCGGCCAACGAGUGGCCGUCUGAAUGUAUCAAGGAGUUCUGAUACAUUUUUGGUGCCUCCUGUGAGGAGCAAUUUUGAAGUGCGACCUUGCAUUCACGAACAAGCGAUCGAGGAAGUCUCGCUUGGAUUAGCAGUGCAUCAUCCAGCUGGAGUUACCGACAACGGCUCCACAGAUUUAGUUUCGUGUAACGGAGUACUGAGACUUUGCCAGAAGUGCAGCAAAAGCGGUGGUUUGUAGUCGCUUCUAGGUGACACAACAACAACUCGUGAGCCGUUUAGAAUUAACUGUUCAAUAAGCCGCUAAUCAACGUUUGCUUUGUGGCGUGAUUAGGCAGAUAUGAUUUUGUGGAAAAAACUGUACAACAUAUAUUGCGGUAUGACUUCUUUGAAUUUACGUUCUUCAGCGAAGUCAUCGAUUACGCGGAUUUUUAAUACGGUUCAUACAGAGGACUAUAGUCCAGACCAGGUCGAAAUUGAGCA